CUUAAAUUCUUCUGCUAUGGCCAACGCACCUCACGGCGGUAUUCUCAAGGACCUUUACCUUCGCGACGCAGGAAAACAGGACCAGCUCCGUGCCGAAGCUUCCACUUUGCCCUCCCUUGUCCUUACCGACCGUCAGUUGUGCGACCUCGAACUCAUUCUUAACGGUGGCUUCUCUCCUCUUGAAGGUUUCCUUAACCAGAAGGACUACAACAGUGUUGUCAAGGACAUUCGCUUGGCCAACGGUGUUCUUUGGUCCAUGCCAAUCACCCUUGAUGUGAGCCAGAAGGAAGUCACUGACCUCAAGAUUGCUCCCAAGCAACGCAUCACUCUUCUUGAUUCCAGAGACUACGAGCCCUUGGCCAUUCUCACAGUCGAGGAUGUCUACAAGCCCGACAAGUCCUUCGAAGCCAAGAAUGUAUUUGGCGCCGAUGACUCUGCUCACCCCGCUGUUCAUUAUCUCCACACCAUCGCCAAGGAAUUCUAUGUCGGUGGUAGCCUUCAGGCCGUCCAGCCUUUGUCUCACUACGACUAUGUCUCCAACCGCUACACCCCCUCUGAGUUGCGCGCUCACUUCAAGAAGUUGCAGUGGACUCGUGUCGUUGCUUUCCAGACUCGUAACCCCAUGCACCGUGCACAUCGUGAGUUGACUGUUCGUGCUGCCCGUCAGCGCAAGGCUCACUUGUUGAUCCAUCCUGUCGUUGGUCUUACCAAACCUGGAGAUAUCGACCAUUAUACCCGUGUUCGUGUCUACAAGGCCUUGAUGCCCAAAUACCCCAACGGCAUGGCCGAGCUCAGUCUUUUGCCCCUUGCUAUGCGCAUGGGUGGUCCCCGUGAGGCCGUCUGGCACGCUCUCAUCCGUAAGAACCACGGUGUUACUCACUUUAUUGUCGGCCGUGAUCAUGCUGGACCUGGCAAGAACUCUCAGGGUGUUGAUUUCUAUGGUCCUUAUGAUGCUCAGGAAUUGUGUGAGAAGUAUAAAAGCGAGAUCGGUAUUGAAAUCGUACCCUUCCAGAUGGUCACUUACUGCCCUGACUCUGACGAGUACCUCCCCGCUGAUGAAGUCCCAGAGGGUGUCAAAACCCUCAACAUUUCCGGUACCGAAUUGCGCCGUCGUCUCAAGACUGGCCUCCCCAUUCCUGAGUGGUUCUCUUAUCCUGAGGUUGUCCGUGUACUCCGUCAGUCUCAUCCUCCUCGCGACCAACAGGGUUUCACUGUUUUCUUCACUGGUCUCCACGCCUCUGGAAAGAACGCCAUUGCUCGCGCUCUCCAGGUCUCUCUUAACCAGGAGAGCACCCGCUCUGUCUCCCUGUUGUUGGGUGAGAACGUCCGCCAGGAACUCUCUUCCGAAUUAGGUUUCUCCAAGCGUGAUCGUGACACCAACAUUGCCCGUCAGGCCUUUGUUGCUGGCGAAUUGACCAGAGCUGGUGCUGCUGCUAUUGUUGCUCCUAUUGCCCCUUACGAUGAGGCUCGCCAGAAGGCUCGUAAGGAAAUUGAGAAGUACGGUGGUUUCUAUCUUAUCCAUGUUGCCACACCCCUUUCCGAGUGCGAGCGUCUUGACAGAGACGGUGUUUAUGAACGUGCACGCAAGGGUGAGAUUAAGGAAUUCACUGGUAUCAACGAUCCUUAUGAGCAGCCCAAGAACGCUGACCUCACUGUCGACAUCACCAAGCAGUCUAUUGCUCAGGCUGUCCAUGAGAUUAUCUUGCUUUUGGAGAAAGAUGGUUACAUUGGAUCAAAAUAAGCAACACAAUCUCUCAUCACCUCUACAUCAUUUCCUUUCCCUACCAACUUCUUUAAUGAAGUUUUUGUACACAUAAUAAAAAAUUGCUAUAUAGAUGGAAUAAUACUCUUG